AUGUGCGGUAUUUUAGCAAUUUUAAACUCAUUAGAAGAUCCAAGCAAAUUAAGAAAGAAAGCUCUUUCAUUAUCAUCAAGACUUAGACAUAGAGGCCCAGAUUGGAACGGUAUUUUCCAAACUAAAGACUCAGUUCUUACCCACGAACGUUUAGCUAUUGUUGGUUUAGAAAACGGUGCUCAACCAUUAUUAAACGAAGAUGAAACUAUUGCCCUUACUGUCAACGGUGAAAUUUAUAACCACGAACAAUUAAGAGAAGAAUUAAUUGCCACCGGUAAACACACAUUCAAAACCCACAGUGAUUGUGAACCAAUUUUACAUCUCUAUGAAGAUAAAGGUGAUGAUUUUGUACAUUUACUCAACGGUGAUUUUGCUUUUGUUGUCUAUGAUUCAAAAGCUAACACUUUUUUAGCUGCUCGUGAUCCAAUUGGUGUUGUUCCAUUAUAUAUUGGUUGGAGCAAAGAUGGUGCUGUUUGGUUUGCAUCAGAAAUGAAAGCAUUAAAAGAUGAUUGUUAUAGAUUCGAAGCUUUUCCACCAGGUUUCUAUUAUUCAAGCAAAACUAAAGAAUUUGUUAGAUAUUAUAAACCAGAUUGGAUUAUGGGUGCUGAGCCACAACCAAGCACUGAAGAACAAGUACUUCCAUUAAUUAAAGAUGCUUUUGAAAAAGCUGUUGUCUCUAGAAUGAUGAGUGAUGUCCCAUAUGGUGUUUUAUUAUCAGGUGGUUUAGAUUCUUCAUUAGUUGCAAGUAUUGUUAGCAGACACGCCGAAAAAAGAAUUGAAGAUCACGAACAAUCACGUGCUUGGUGGCCAAGAAUUCACUCAUUCUGUAUUGGUUUAAAGGAUGCCCCAGAUCUUAAAGCUGCUCGUGAAGUUGCUAGCUUCCUUGGUACUGUUCACCACGAAUAUAACUUUACCGUUCAAGAAGGUAUUGAUGCUCUUUCUGAUGUUAUUAAACAUUUAGAAACCUACGAUGUCACUACAAUUAGAGCUUCAACUCCAAUGUACUUUUUAUCAAGAAAAAUUAAAGCUAUGGGUGUAAAGAUGGUUUUAUCAGGUGAGGGUUCAGAUGAAAUCUUUGGUGGUUAUUUAUACUUCCACAACGCUCCAGAUGCCAAUGAAUUCCACAGCGAAUGUGUUCGUCGUAUUAAAGCUCUUCAUUCAUUCGAUUGUCUUAGAGCCAACAAAUCAACUGCUGCUUGGGGUGUUGAAGUACGUGUUCCAUUCUUAGAUCAAGGUUUCCUCCAAACUGCUAUGUCUGUUUCACCAACUCAUAAAGUUUGUACCGAUGCUGAAGGUAAAAAGAGAAUGGAAAAAUACAUUUUAAGAAAGGCAUUCGAAAGCAAGGAAAAACCAUAUUUACCAGAUUCAGUUUUAUGGCGUCAAAAAGAACAAUUUUCAGAUGGUGUUGGUUAUAGCUGGAUUGAUGGAUUAAAGGAAUAUGCUGAAUCUGAAAUUACAAAUGAAGAAUUUGCUAAAAGGGAAACUUAUUUCCCAGAUGAUACCCCAGAUACUAAAGAAGCUUUCCUCUACCGUAGAUUAUUCGAACAACUCUUCCCAGGAAAAGAAUGUAGAGAAACUGUUCAACAUUGGGUUCCAAAAUGGAGUACUUCUACCGAUGCCAGUGGUAGAGCUCAAAAAAUCCAUGAUCAACAUAAAGAUAUUUAA